AUGCGAAUCGAAGCACACCAGCAGCUCCCUACCGACGUCGCAACGUUGUUCGCAACAAUGAUGGCUCGAAUGGAAGAGCUAAAUCAUCAGACAAGCACUCGCCUGAACGAGCUCGCCGCGGCACAACUUUCUUGCCAAGAUCAAGUCAACAUAUUACAUUCUUCAGAGACUCAAGCCCCAGAGAGACGAGCCCAAGAGAUUCAGCGCGUACAGCGUGCCUUAUUCGGAGACUCACCCGCACCACCAACAACCAAAAAUCAUCCAACCUCGAACUGUGACGAGGUGAAUAUCGGGGCUCCCGAACACGAGACACGUCGGCUUCAGAUAAGAAACUUGCAGCAAGACGAAGAAAUGGUCGAAAUGAGAGCCAAAUUGCGAGCCAUGACUUCGCUUGUCCAUCAAGCAACUAGCUCGGCACCCGAGAUCGACUGUGUGUUAAAAGAAAGCCAAAGCACACCGUUCACGACCCGAAUUACCGACUUCCCGAUCAGAACUCAAGUGAAGUUCAAUCUCCCGACGUAUACAGGCAACUCGGAUCCGAGCCAAUUCAUGACCGCGUUCAGCAUUCAAAUGGGUCGAGCACGAUUCACCCCAGAAGAGAAAGAUGCAGGUUUCUGUCAACUGUUCGUUGAAAACCUCAGCGGUGCGGCCCUCGUUUGGUUCUCCAAGUUAAAAGUGAACUCGAUUGACAGCUACCAAGCAUUGUCGACCGCAUUCCUCAAGAGGUACAUGAUGUAUAUCCAAGGCGCAGUCUCCAGCGCCGACCUCUACCAGAUCAAACAAGGCGAAAAAGAAUCCCUUCGGUCUUUCAUCGGCAGGUUCAAUGCGAUCGUCUCUCGAAUCACCGUGACUGACGAGGCAUCGCUGCCAGCUCUUCGGAAUGCCCUUCCAAUCGAUUCGAAGUUUCGAGAUAGCCUCAAGUUCAGCAAACCCCGAACUCUCGAGGACGCGCUUCACCGUGCCACCUUAUACAUCGAGGACGAGGAAGAAAAAGAGAGCGCGUCGCCAGCAAAAACGACACCGAAGUAG